CCCGCACUUUCUCCUGCUCUCCCUCCCUCUCGGCUCAGACUGCCGGACUCAGCGCUCUUCUCGCCGGCCGCCCUGGGAAUCGCCGGCUGCCACCGCCCAGCUCGCACCCGCUGGCCCCCCAGUGCUUGGGCACCUGUUGGAGGCGCAGAGACAGCCAGGGGUGCUGCAUGAGGGGCCGGAGGGGCGAUCGCAUGACCAUCAACAUCCAGGAGCACAUGGCCAUCAACGUGUGCCCGGGGCCCAUCCGGCCCAUCCGCCAGAUCUCUGACUACUUCCCCCGCCGGGGACCAGGACCUGAAGGGGGUGGCGGGGGCUUCGGAGAGGCCCCUGCUCAUCUGGGCCCCCUGGCCCUGGCACCCCCUGCAGCCCUCCUUGGGGCCACCACGCCCGAGGAUGGAGCUGAGGUGGACAACUAUGACUCGGAUGAUACCACCGCCCUGGGCACGCUGGAGUUUGACCUUCUCUACGACCAGGCUUCCUGCACUCUGCACUGUAGUAUCCUCAGGGCCAAGGGCCUCAAGCCCAUGGAUUUCAAUGGCCUGGCCGACCCCUACGUCAAGCUGCACCUGCUGCCUGGAGCCUGCAAGGCCAAUAAGCUAAAAACUAAGACUCAGAGGAACACGCUGAAUCCCGUGUGGAAUGAGGACCUGACGUACAGCGGAAUCACAGAUGAUGACAUCACCCACAAGGUGCUCAGGAUCUCCGUCUGUGACGAAGACAAGCUGAGCCACAACGAGUUCAUCGGGGAGAUCCGUGUACCCCUCCGCCGCCUCAAGCCUUCACAGAAGAAGCAUUUUAACAUCUGCCUUGAGCGCCAGGUCCCGCUGGCUUCACCCUCUUCCAUGUCUGUGGCGCUGAGGGGCAUCUCCUGUUACCUGAAGGAGCUGGAGCAGGUGGAGCAGGGGCCUGGGCUGCUGGAAGAGCGCGGGCGCAUCCUGCUGAGCCUCAGCUAUAGUUCUCGGCGCCGCGGGCUGCUGGUGGGCAUCGUGCGCUGCGCCCACCUGGCUGCCAUGGACGUCAACGGCUACUCCGACCCCUACGUCAAGACGUACCUGAGGCCGGACGUGGAUAAGAAAUCUAAGCACAAAACAUGUGUGAAGAAGAAGACUCUAAACCCGGAAUUUAAUGAGGAGUUCUUCUACGAAAUGGAGCUCUCCACUCUGGCCAGCAAGACUCUGGAAGUCACAGUCUGGGACUAUGACAUUGGCAAAUCCAACGACUUCAUCGGUGGCGUGGCCCUGGGGCCGGGCGCCCGGAGAGAGGCCCGGAAGCACUGGAGCGACUGUCUGCAGCAGCCGGACGCAGCCCUGGAGCGCUGGCACACCUUGACCAGCCAGUUGCCCCCGGCAGCUGGAGCCCUGCCCUCAGCCUGAGCAGGACAGCGGCCACCCAGCACAGCGCCCUCAGGGCUGGGCCCAGUCGGCGGCCUUCGCACGAGUGUGUUGCACGUUUACACGGGGUGGAGGCCCCACCCCGCACUACUUGUCUUGUUUUGUGAGAGUCUCCGUGGGUCUGUCUUCUUGUGAGGGACUGUGGAGAUCUAUAUUCACAUAUGCAAACUUCCUCCUGCCUGACUCGCUACAACAGACAAAUAUGCAAACCACCCAUCCAGAGCACACCUGCAGGGGGGAUCCCGCAGUGCCCCUGCCCCAAGGCCCCGGCUGCUGCUCCUCUCUCCUGCCUCUCCAGGCUGCCCGUCCCCCUCCCCUCCAGGAAGGAGGUCGGAUUAGGGGGGGUUUGGAGGAGGAGGUUUCCAAAAAAGAAAAUGACACACAAAAAA